AUGGCAUCACCACCCAGGCAAAAAAUUACGCUGUUAUUGACUGGCAAGGUUGGCUAUGGCAAAAGUGCAUGCGGUAAUUCUAUUCUAGGUCGGAAAGCUUUUCAAGCCGAUAACGGUUCUAAGCUGUGCACUUUUAUGAUUAAUGAGAGAAGUGGAGAACGUGAUGGUACCUUGGACGUUAGAGUUAUCGACACGCCCGGCGUGAUGGAGCUUGAUGAAAAACAAGAACUUAUAAACACAACUAUAGAGAUCCCGAGUGUAAUGAGCGCCUGUCCAGAAGGAAUACACGCAAUUUGUUUAGUUUUAAAAUAUGACAAUAUAUUUACUUCAGAAGACAGUCAAGCUGUUAGUAAAAUUAAAAAGAUAUUUGGUGAAAACUUUCUUACAAAUCACGGAGUUAUUAUAAUGACUGGUGGAGAUAUGCUUGAAGCAAAGGAUGGCAGAGAAGAGGCUACAUUUCAACAGUGGUUUGAGAGACAGCCAGGUGAAUUACAGAAGCUAAUUAUUGAAUGUGGGAACAGAGUGGUGUUGUUUUAUAAUAUAGGGACACAGUUUGUAAAGAAACGGAAAGAAGCCGUGGAUCAAUUAUUAAACAUGGCCAUGGAAAUAAGUAAAAAUAGAUUGUAUACACAGGAUAUGUUUAAACGCAGUUUUCUGGUGCGCGAAGUAGAAAUUUUACAUCUGAAAGUACCAAGGCUACGUUUAUCUAUGAAAAACAGUUUGGAAGAAAUGAAAUCAGAUAUCUUUCAGUUGAUACAUAGAGAUAUUGUAACCGAAAGCGAUUUAAAUAGAUUAAAGAUUUCCAAUAAAAAUAUUCUUGAAAGAAUUAUUGAUGAACGUAAGGAUGCAGACAUACCAACGCAAUUAAUCGACCAUGUUGAAAUUAUUCAUAGAAAUUUAAUUGUAUUCGAUGUGAAAUUAAAAGUGGAAAUGCAAUUGUUUCAAGUUAUUAAAGUAUUAGAUAGACUUCUAGAUACACCAAGAAGAAGAGUUGAAAAUACAAAAAGAUCUACUAUCAACGUUGGACAUAGCAAAAGUGCCAGUGGGUGUGAUGCUUCUCUAAAGGAUCGCAGUACUCAAUCGUUUACUGACAAGACCAUGGGCGAAUCUGCAACACGGAGCAGUUCAAAGGUAUAA